AUGUACAUCUUGGCAAUCAUGGGAAACUUCUCCAUCAUGGUCUUAGUGAGAUGCCAUCCACAACUUCAUACCCCUAUGUACUUUUUCCUCUGCAACCUCUCCUUCCUAGAGAUCUGGUACACCACAUCUUGUGUCCCCAAAGCCCUAGCAGUCAUUCUGGGUGGAAAUCCAACCAUUUCCUUUACCAAUUGUCUUCUACAGAUGUACUCUGUUUUCUCCUUGGGCUGCACAGAGUAUUUUCUCCUGGCUGUCAUGGCCUAUGACCGUUGUCUGGCAAUCUGCUUCCCCCUACGUUAUAAUUCCAUCAUGAAUAGCACCCUUUUAACUAAGCUCACCUUUGGAUCAUGGUUAUGUGGUUUCCUGUCCAUCGCCAUACCUACAUACAUGAUUAGCAGAUUGUCUUUCUGUGGAUCUAAUAUUAUUAAUCACUUUUUUUGUGAUAUAGCCUCAUGGAUAGCUCUCUCUUGCACAGACACAAAUGGAGUUGAGUUGGUGGCCUUCAUAAUCUCAUUCAUUGUCAUCCUUGGCUCAUGUGCAAUAACCCUGGUCUCCUACAUUUACAUCAUCUUCACCAUACUGAGGAUACCAUCAGCUACAGGCCAACAAAGGGCUUUUUCCACUUGUUCUUCCCAUCUCACUGUUGUGAUUGUUUGGUAUGGUUCCACCAUUUUUCUCCAUGUCAAACCCUCCAUAAAGGACUCACUAGAUAUGACUAAAAUUGUCCAUGUACUUAACACUAUUGUCACACCUCUCCUGAAUCCUUUCAUUUAUACCCUGAGAAACAAAGAAGUGAAAAAAGCUUUGAAAAGAUCAGUGCAUCUUGGCUCAUGA